GCCAUGACCGUCUCAGGGGCUUGCAAGCUGGGAGAAUCUUUCCUGACCUUGACACGUCGACUCGGCCACAGGGGUCCGAACCAUCUUGCAACGAUGUCGCCUCCACUGGCAACGAUCGCGGCGCCGGCAGCUCUGCCGGUAGUGCCAUAGGGGGGGCUGCCAUGCUUGCCACCACUCCGUCACCAGCCUCGUCACUGUGGCAGCCCACCUGCCGCUGCCUGCCCGCUCCAGCGGUGCGCCCUAGGCCCCAGGCAAAUGGGAGGGGCGCGAAAUUGAGAGGCUCGGCAGCAGCGGGGCCAGCAGAGGGGGCCACCGCCAGCUGCCCCUUUGCCGCCGCCUCUGCCGCCCUGCAAGGCUGGCAGCAGGGCGCCGCGCAGCAGCAAGAGGAGGGCGAUGGCGCCAUGCAGACCCCGGGGCCCAGCCCCUUUAGCCUACAGUCGCUAAUGGAUGUUAGCCUGAUCUUCACAGAAGGCCUGCACGAGGCGAUGCUGCGCUUCUCGGCGCGCUACGGGCCUGUGUCGCGGUUCGCCAACCCUUCGGCGCUCAACGGCGCCGCGGGCUGGGUGUUCCUCAACUCGCCGGGCGACAUCGCCCACGUGUGCGCCGCCAACCCCAAAAACUAUGCCGAGCGAUUCCUGCCCGACAUCUACAAGUUCGUGACCCACGAGAAGGGGCUGCUGGGGUCUGGCGGAGACUACAACCGGCGGCACCGCCGCCUCUGCGGCCCGCCCUUCCGCUCCGGGGAGCUGCUGCGCAAGUUUGGGGAGGUGGUGGUGGACAGGGUUUCCCGCGUGGCCGACACCUUUGUGAGCCAGCCAGGCCCCUUUGCCACUAAUGUGGCGGUGCAGACGCAGCGGCUGACGCUGGAUGUGGUGGGGCUCACCGCCUUCAGCCACGACUUUGGGGAGUGCCAGGCCAUUGCCAGGGAUGUGGGAGGGCGGGCCCAGCCCUCGGAGUCAGACCAGGACCGGCUGCUGUGGGCGGUGAAUGCCUUUGGGCAGGUGCUGGGGGAGGUGUUCAUCACACCGAUGCCCCUCCUGCGCCUCAUGGACGCCGUGGGGCUCAGGCAGCUGCGCACGCUGCGGGAGGCGGUGGGGGUGAUGCGGAGUUCCAUGCUCGGCGUGAUUGCGGAGCGGCGGCAGCACCUGGCGGCGGCCGCGGGCAGCGACGGCGCAGGCGCCGCGGGCGGCGCGGCAGAGGCCGAGGCCGCCGAUCUGCUGGACAUGCUGCUGCAAGCCACCGACGACAAUGGCGUGCCGAUGACGGAUGAAGAGCUGUGGGAGGAUGUGCACGACGUGAUGGGGGCCGGCCACGAGACCACAGCCACCACCGCCGCCGCCGCCAUCUAUGCCAUCUCUGCGCAUCCAGAGGUGGAGGCGCGGCUAGUGCAGGAGCUGGAGAGCGUGCUGGGCGGCCGGCCUGCCACAUACGAUGAUGUGCAGUCGGGGCGGCUGCCCUACUUGGAAGCCGUGAUCAAGGAGGUGCUGCGCCUCUACCCCGCCAUCCCCAUCUUCCCCCGCCAGGCGGCAGAGGCAGACACGCUGCCCUCCGGCCACCGCAUCCUCAAAGGCGACGUCGUCUUCAUGUCCACCUAUGCCCUCCACCGCUCGCCAGACGUGUGGGAGGAGCCGCUGCGCUUCGACCCCGACAGGUUCCUGGGCGAGCGAGGCGCUGCGCUGCACCGCUUCCAGUGGCUGCCCUUUGGCUCGGGGCCGCGCAUGUGCCUGGGCGCCGCCUUUGCGCAGAUGUCGGUGUCGCUGAUGGUUGCCACGCUGCUCCAGCGCUGCCGCUUCACGCCCCUGCACCCCACCACCCAGCUCAUCCCCGCGGCCUACGACAUCACCCUCAACUUUGAUCGCACCAACGGGCUGAGGAUGGAGGUGGCGCCGCGGUGA